AGUUACAUCAGAUAUGGCCGACUAUUCGAACGUGGCUCCGCCGUCGGGAAAUGGCGCCGGAAUGAACGACGCUUUUAAAGACGCACUUCAGCGAGCUAGACAGAUCGCCGCUAAGAUUGGUGGUGACGGCGUACCCUCGGCACCCUCGGGUAACGAGUUUGGCUACGGAGGCCAGAAGCGGCCCCUAGAAGAUGCCGACCAACCAGAGACCAAGAAGGUGGCACCAAAUGACCCGUUCUCAGCAGCGAUGGGUAUGGGAGGAAUGGGAGGUGGUGGACCGAGAUCGUCAUCAGAGGAGUUCAAGGUUCCUGAUGGGAUGGUUGGAUUCAUUAUUGGAAGAGGAGGAGAACAGAUAUCCCGCAUGCAGCAAGAGUCUGGAUGCAAAAUCCAGAUUGCCCCCGACAGUGGAGGAAUGCCCGAUAGGUCAGUCACACUGACGGGAUCCCCAGACUCAAUACAAGCUGCCAAGAGGCUGCUGACGGAGAUCGUUGAUAAGGGUCGUCCUACUCCAGCCUUUCACCACAACGAUGCCGGCGGCCCCGGUAUGUCUGUUCAGGAGAUGCUGGUCCCUGCCUCCAAGGCUGGCCUGGUCAUCGGGAAGGGAGGAGAGACUAUCAAACAGCUGCAGGAGAGAGCCGGGGUCAAAAUGGUGAUGAUCCAGGAAGGGCCUCAGAACACGGGAGCAGACAAACCUCUACGCAUCUCUGGGGAACCUUUUAAAGUCCAGCAAGCAAAAGACAUGGUGAUGGAGCUGAUCAGAGAACAGGGCUUCAGGGAGCAGAGAGGAGAGUACGGCUCCAGGAUGGGAGGAGGAGGCGGAGGAGGAGGAGGAGGUGAGGGCCUGGAUGUUCCUGUCCCCAGGUUUGCGGUAGGAAUCGUGAUCGGGAGAAACGGAGAGAUGAUCAAGAAGAUCCAGAGCGACACAGGAGUCAGGAUCCAGUUCAAACCAGAUGACGGCAGUACCCCGGAGAGGAUAGCCCAGAUCGUGGGUCCUCCUGAACAGUCCCAGCAUGCAGCAGAGAUCAUCUCUGACCUUCUGAGGAGUGUCCAGCAGGGGGGGCCGGGCGGUCCUAACGGAGGGGGCAGGGGGAGAGGCAGGGGGGGUAACGGGGGGGGUAACUGGAACAUGGGUCCUCCUGGAGGAUUGCAGGAGUUCACCUUCACCGUCCCUACCAUGAAGACUGGACUCAUCAUCGGCAAAGGAGGAGAGACCAUCAAGGGCAUCAGCCAGCAGUCUGGGGCGCGUAUCGAGCUCCAGAGAAACCCUCCGCCCAACUCCGACCCCAACAUUAAAAUGUUCACCGUCCGAGGAUCACACCAACAGAUAGACUACGCACGGCAGCUGGUCGAGGAGAAGAUCGGGGGUCCAGUCAGUCCAAUGGGUGGUCCCCAAGGUCCUCCAGGCCCCCACGGAGGUCCGUCUCCCCACGGCCCCCCCGGGCCUCCUGGGCACCCUGCUCAGAUGGGUCCCUACAACCCCGGUCCCUACAACCAGGGACCACCAGGACCACAUGGUCCUCCCGCUCCCUACCAGCCUCAGGGUUGGGGCAACGGCUUCCCCCACUGGCAGCAGGGACAGCCGGAUCCUGGUAAAGCUGCAGCUGAUGCCAACGCAGCGGCCUGGGCAGCGUAUUACUCCCAGUACCAGCAGCAACCCCAGGCCCCCAUGACACCCACCGGCGGUGCCCCUGGCACCACACAGGCCAACGGGCAAGGUGACCCCAAGGGACCUGGGCAUACUGGGCAGGCCGAUUACUCCAAGGCCUGGGAGGAAUAUUACAAGAAAAUGGGGCAGCAAAGUCAGCAACCACAGGACUACACCAAGGCUUGGGAGGAGUACUACAAGAAACAAGGUCAAGCGGCCCCUCAGGCGGGAGCAGCACCAGGUGGUCAACCGGGUGGUCAGCCAGCCGGUCAACCGGACUAUAGUGCUGCCUGGGCGGAGUACUACCGCCAGCAGGCUGCUUACUACGGACAGGGCAGCCCACAGGCUAUGGGGGCACAGCCACAAGCACCUCAGGGCCAGUAAUGUGAAGUGGACAUAAAGUAAAUGCGACAUUGUGGAAACAAAACCCUUUGUUAAAUGUGUUGGAUGGUGCAGAUGCCUUGAAGAUCUUAAUUUCCCCUUUGGUUGGUUGGUUUUCAAGUGUUUCACAAUAAUGUGAUGGCAGCAGUCUACCUGGAGACACAAACCCUUCAUCCUUUGCUAUCUUUUUGGGUUUUCUACUUUUUUUUUUUUCUUCUCCUUGUUAAAUGAACGGUUUUGGGUUUUUUAGUGAGGUAAUUAUAUGUUCAUUCCAGCCCCAUGUAUCUUCAUGCUAUGUGGUUCAAGAGCUCCUGUUAUUUAGCUAGUUUACCAUGGAUAAUCAUCUCCGUUUUUAAAUAAUAUGCCUGUUGUGUUUUGCAAUAAAACAAAGUGAAACCUCCUGUGUUGGUAAGUUGGGUUGGUAAUAGCUAAGUUGGGUUGGUAAUAAUUACAAUAUGAACUCGACUUCAAAUCGUGUAUACCUUUUUUUUGUUUUGUUUUACAAUGUUCAGUUUCUCUCCAACUCUACACAGCUCCUGGUAACUUAGUACAAUGUUUUUAGAUGUGUGUUCGUCGCUCUGCCUUGUUGACUGGGGGGGGGGGGGGGGUGUCCAGUUUCGGUGUUCCCCAAGGUUCUAUUUUAGGACCACUAUUGAAUAGAAUAAUUUACCUGUCUUUACUCUUGGUUAUAUUAGUCUGUUUUUCCCCCUUACCUCUCCGCCUGUAUUGUAGGACUAGACAGAUGUUUCUUAUACCAUAAUGUAGUAUUAGUGGCAUAAUGUUAUGAUACAUCUGGGACUCAUGCAUUACCUACAGUGUUCGGUUGUUGUGGCGUCUCUGUCAAACAACCGAUCGAAUCUUGUCUGUUGCGCUGACUGGCUGGCUGAGAAUCAAAUGGUACCCUAUUUCCUGUUUAGUGCACACGGCUCCCCUUAAGCGCUUGUCAAAAGUAGUGCACUAUAUAGGGAAUAGGGUCAUUGGCGACAUCCUGAAGCAGACUUUGUUGAGGAAACUUUUAGUGUGCUGCCUUGUUUUAAUCAGAGUAACUUCCUCCUUCACAGCCACGCUUAGACAAGCGGUAAGCAAAGCAAGUGUAUAUAUGAAAGAAAACAUUUUUAAUCCAAAAAUGUUCCUCAGAAAAUGUGACUCUCACUGCAGAAAUGUUGCUUUAGUUUAUUAUUCGUAUUUUUUUUUUUUUUGCUGCUCCCUCUGUCUCUUCCAGGACAGGGAAACUGACGUGUUCUGUUCUGCUGUAUUGCAUUGCAUUCAAACGUUUGUUUCUCCCCCCCCUAAAAUGUAUACAUUUUCUGGCCUUUUGAUACUAUAAAAAAACGUGAAAUGCAAAAGUCGUAUUUUUAUUUUUGCUCUGCCCAUGCAUUGUUCUGUUAGUUUACCCAACGGAAGAACAUAGGUUUUCUGUAGGGCCGAGGGGUGGUCUGAGCUGGUCUGAGCGGUACCAUCAGCCAACAGGGUUGACCUCUGACCUCCUACUCUGUAAGUACAAUACUGUGACUAUAUAAUAACAAACCCAGUUUGGCUGUCAAUGUAUUUCUUUGACUGAUGAUUACAAAACUUUAUUGUUUCUGUCAAAUUGCAUAUUUUUUCCUUAAACAAAUACUGGGUAAGUAUCAAAAGUUAUGAUAAAGUACAGUAUCUUGGUAUUGUCAUUUAGAAAUUAUAUUCUUGUUUUUUUUUUGACCGUUUGGACAUAGAUUACAUUGAAUAUUGCAUUGUAGAUCUAGCUAGGCUCUGUUUUUUUUUUAGGUCGGAACGUGUUCUGUUAUAAUACCAGUCGGACUGUUCUGUUAGAACUCUGAUCUGAAGGAUCUGUUCCUUGCAAAAUACAAUUCUUUGCGCAGUGGUUCAUUUAGGAAUGUUAGAAAUCGUUAAAAAAAAGUGCUUGAUUUUUAGAUAACAAUAGUUUUUUCCCCUCCCCUGAAGUGCCAUUGCUUAGCCAGAAUAGAGAUGUAAACUAUGACUUUAUUUCAUCAAUAUUUGAAAAAGAAAUGCCAUUUCAUAGUCUCAAGAAUUUAGUUACUACUAGAGAUGCAUAUUUUUCACUGCAGUAAUGGUGUGAUUCAGUCUGAAAUGUUCUAGUUCCCCCCCCCCCCCCCCCCCCCCCCCUCAUAGUAGCAUUUUGAAGUUGUUUCUAUGCUGUGUAUUGAUGUCUCUUAUCAGCAUGUCGGGUUGUCAUUCAGUAGAAUGUUCUACAAGUGCUUCUGAUUUCUAAGUGAUGCAGUUAUUCUAUUGCUAUUGAGUACUGUUGUUUUCCGAAACAAAACCUAAGGCUGUUUUGAACUGAAAUGAGUGGCAAACGGUGCAGAUAUCAUAUGUGUGAGAUCUUUGCAGUAUCACUGUCAUCCCAGACCUUGACCCUUUACGUUCUGCUGCGGUCACACAGGUAAGCGACCCUAAGGAUAACAGCUGUGUUCUGACCUAUGAUAUAUAUAUAUAUAUAUAUAUACCCAGAUUGGGGAUCCAUUUAUACUCACCUGAAUUUGCCUGAUUAUAUUUCUGCUUACCCUGUGCUGUGUAGUAACACUAGCUGUGCUCCUGAUGUUAAUGAGCCAUGUCCAGGUAGGAUUCGUAGUGAUAUCAACAGCUGUUUUGUUCAUAGAGUAUAUUGACGAUAGUGCUGUGAUUUCGAUGGUGAUGAAUGAUUUGCAUGGUUCAACAUGAGUUGUGAUGGUUUGUUUUAGGAGCAGCAACGUUUCUCCCUCUUAGGCCAAUUGCAAUGUGGUUUGAUGGCUUUUCCCACCAGACUUAAUCGUAGUAAAAAUGUUGCCCCCCCCCCAAAAAAAGCGUUCUUUCUACAUGCUGUUUUUUUUUAAAGUUCUCAUUUUCUGAGGUCAUUUUGUUGUUGUUGAUAUACACUACCAUGAGGCAUAUUAUAAUGCAUAACUUGGUAAGUCUCUGCAGUGUGAUCUGUGAUGCAUAGAACUCGAGCCCUGUACUUUCACAUUACUAUAAUAUAAAUAGUCAACUCGGUCUGUCAUAAAGCCAGCCCUAUGUGCAUAUAUAUAUAUAUUUGCGUAUUAGUAAAGUCUACAAACGUUGAUGAAAGUACACCUGCAUAUGAUGCUCAUGCUGUUCAACUGACUCAUUGGUGAUGACUGAAAGCUGUGAACUUGAAUAUACAUUCUAUUAUAUUAUAUUGCCGCUGCCACAAUGCUGCAGUGCUGUAAUGGUGUUCUCAUAAAACCCUGCUGCCUGCCUCCCUCCACCUCUCACUCAGAUGCUGUUGGAAGCCAGAGAAGGUUCUAGAAGCCAGCGUAGGUUCUAGAUUCAGGAACAGGAACCUGUAAGUUUGUCCCUCCCGUAAAGGAGACUACUCUGAGAGGCAUCCUUUGAGGCUGAUGAUCAAGGUGUAGGUGACCAUUCGAGAGCGAACUCCAGAUAAGGUAAACAAACAAAGCAAAGCAAUGAAAUACAGAAUUGUGUGAUUUGCUCAAGUUUACCAUGCUGUUUGCUAGUUAGGGCUGUAUUUUUAGUCCAGGUUUCCCUCGUCUCGUUAUUUAAAAAAAAAAAAGUUAACAUGUCGUAGAAUUAUUGCAAAUUGUCUAACUGAACUGAUGUCUACUGUUUCUCCACAUGUUUUCAUGAUGAUUCUAUUGAAUGCCUUCCUUUGUGUCCCAAAUAGAACCCUAUUCCAUAUAGUGCCCUGUAUGCUCUGGUCAAAAGUAGUGUACUAGAAAGGCCAUAGGGUUCCAUUUGGGAUGCAAGCCACUGUCAUAACUAGGCAUUUUGUUGCAUAGUUGAAUCCACCAAUGCGUGUGCCAUCAGGAUUCUAAAGUACCUCCAUUUUUUUGGUUGCAUAUGCUCCUAGAUAUUUUGUUGUGGGACCUGACAGGUUUUUAUUUUGGGUGCACCAGAGUGACCAGGGAAAUAAUCACCCAGCUAAUAGUUAUACUUUUUUUAUUUAACCUAUAUUUAACUAGGCAAGUCAGUUAAGAACAAAAUAAAUCUUAAAUACAAUGUCGGCCGGCGCUGGGCCAAUUGUGCGCCGCCCUAUGAGACUCCCAAUCACGGGCAGGUUGUGAUACAGCCUGGAAUCGAACCAGGGUCUGUAGUGACAUCUCCAGCGCCGAGAUGCAGUGCCUUAAGCCGCUGCGUCCCUCGGGAGCCCUAAACUGGCCAGUUGAUUCAGAGUGCCCUGGAGGAGAAAGCGAGUGCAGAUUCAUUCCAUCUAAAGCAUACGUGUAAAGAAUAAAUCAGUGAUUUCUAUUAUUUGCACAUUUCUGGCGCCCUAACGGCAUGGCUGUCCGGCUUACUUUGUGUAGCCAGGUAGUGAUGCCCAAAUAGUAAUUUCUAAAGGCUUUCCCAAUAACUUUACAAAUUAAAUGUUAACUGCAACGUAGGAUUAACUGGCAUCGUGAUAUGUCAGGGUCUUUUGUUUUGUGGACUUUGCUAUUGCAUACAGUGCAGAAACACCACCAGCCAAAAAUCCUUUUCAGGUGCACAAUUGGAAUUAAAGUGAGACUUUACAUAUAUAUUUUCUUCCCCAGACCUCUUAAGUGGGCUCCUAAUCUAGUGUAAGCAUUGCUGUGGACUAUCCUAUUUAUUUUUGUGAUUGAGUGAACCUUAUAAAAUAAAGGGGGGGAUCCCACACCUUGAAAAACUAAACCAAGCGGUAAAGAUUUUGGUGUCAUGGCAAAUGUAUUGGCCGGUAAAAAUAAAAACAUAUAGGUGUCAGUGACUGGUAGAUUUUUUUUUUUGUGGCAAAUCUUCAUUUUUUUUUUAGGCCCUGUUCAUAAACCGAGUCGUGGGUCGUUCCAAAGCUGCUCUCUGGCAAAUCUUUUUUUUUUUUUCUCAACAUUUUUGUUCAGUCAUGUUACCUCAACCUAGCUUGCUAACAACCUGGUUACUUGACCAGUAUAUCAAACAUCUGGGGGCACAGAGGGAGAGGAAGGGAUAGCUUCUUCAGGACACCAUCGAAUGAGUGACUUGCAUGUCUCGUGCAAACUUGAUGCUCUUUAGAGAGACAGCGUAGAAUUUAAUAAUCUCAAUAGGUAGUGCUUUGACACAAUGUAGAAACCUACUAUUCCAUAAAUGACUAAUUUCAAUGGGAGGUUUUUCAAUCAACAUUUAUCUUUCUACGGGAUUUAAUAUUAGUUUUCCAGAGCUCAACAUGUGCUUCAAAAGUAGCUAGAAUUAAUUUAAAGCCCAUUAUGCGACCUCAAAUAAAAAUUUGAAUAUUCUGGUGCUCCUAUAUCAUUUUAAAUUAGGGGCACUAGUGCUACCACUGUUAAUUUAGACCACAGCUAGAGAUAGUUAGAUGAGAAGUAACCAGGAACUGCUGCUAUUGUGUUUUUCAACCAUUAUGGCAGGAAAUUGUAGUUGGCUAUUCUAGUUUCAACUUCGUUCAUUAGAACUCGCAUACCUCUGCUAGUGAUUUGCUAUUUUUGCAGUUUUUUUUUCCUUCAUCAAUUAGUGUAAUCUGUGUGUUAGAUGCUCCAUCUCUGAGCAAAGUGUUUCAAGGAGUUUGGGCUGUAGUCUAGAAGACUAAAUCAGAAGGGAUAAAUAUGGAGCAUGCCUUAGAGGUAAACACAUUUAAACAUGUUUCUUGUGAUGCCUUUAAUAUUCUCAAAUGUAUCUUUUUUUCUUUGUUGUUUCCUGUCUUUAUGAAAUGACUGUUCUGCGUCUUUGUUGCCCUGUCCAGUAAUAAAGUUGUAACAUUUA